ACAGAUCUUAGAUAAAAAAAACAUUAGAUUUAAGUAGUAGUAAUAAUAAUGGUUAAUAUUUGGAGAGGAUUUAUUAUUUUACCUCUCCUUUUUAUCUAUGGAAACUCUCAAGGUUUGAUGUUUCCUAAUCUAUUCCAUCACUUCGGACAAACCCACAAUGGGAUUCAAGACCCCGCAGUUCGGCGGACCUGAGAUCUUGGUUGCCGGUGAUGGCGGAUCUUCUGCCAACGGCAACGACGAUGGCACUGCUUCCGACGGCGGCAAAGAGAAGAGUAACGCCGGCGUUUCCGCCAUGCAUUUGGUGUUGCUUCCUAAGAUCGACCGGGCUUUGAUGUUCGACGCCACGAUUUGGAAGAUCUCCAAGCUCAAGUUGCCGGGACCACCGUGCCGGAAAGUCGAGGGAACCAACAAAGAAGAUUGCUGGUGCCAUUCAGUUCUCAUGGACGUCGAAACAGGAAAUACAUUUAUCUCUUAUUUUACUCUUUCUUUUUUUCCUUUUCUUUUCAAAUCAUGUUCUUUUUUGGGGAACAGAUUGAACAUGAUACAUGGUGCUCUUGGAAUAGCCUGGUGCUCUUGGAAAUGAAA